UCAUAUGAUUAGGGAAUCCUGGGGGUAGAUUAGCUUUGAAUCCCAUCAGUAAUUAUAGUGAGGGCUAAAUUUAUCCUAAGGACAGAGAUAAUCUCGUCCUAAUCUAGUUUCUAUAUUCGUUUUCAUAUUUCAAAGUACAGUUUGUAACAAAGAGUACGUAUUAUAAUUUGAGAAAUUAAAUUACUAUGUGCAGAUACCAGCUGAUAAGGUAGCCAAUUCAAUAAUAGUAGCAGCCAUGGUUCAUGCAAAUCAACCCGGAAAUCUAAGGAUAUACCAUGUUGGAUCAUCAGUUAAACAUCCGACAACAUUAGCAUCACUGCAUGAACUGGUAUACCAGUAUUUCAAGAGACAUCCAUGGAUUAACAAAGAUGGAAAACCCGUCAUAGUUGGCCGUGUUAGAGUCUUAGACUCCAUGGCAAGCUUCAAGGGAUACCUUACUCUUCAUUACCUUGUACCCUUGAAGGCCCUGGAACUAGCAAAUAUCGCCUUCUGUCAGUACUUUAAAGGGACAUUAGUGGAACAAAGGAGGAAGAUCAACAAGAUACGAUGACAGUAACACCGAGAAGUUAAGGAUGGCAGCGAAAGAAAGAGGGUUGGAAACAGAUAUAUUCUACUUUGAUCCCAAAGCUAUUAACUGGGAAGGCUAUAUGUUGAACGUUCAUUUUCCUGGUUUAGUAAAAUAUGUCUUCAAGUGAUCGAAACCAUUUGCAGCAGCAGCAGUCAUUAAGGAGAGAAAAUUAUACAAAGUCGGUUCGUAAUCAUUUUUAAUUAUUUAUGUGCU